ACUCAUCGAAAAUCGUCACACGUAUUGCCUAUGCAUGUGUGGGCAUGGAAAUCAAAUUGUGUGUUUGCAGCGGUUAGCAUAAUGGCCACUGGCUGCAGUAUUUAGCUAUAGGGCAUACAGGCGUUACGUGCACAUUUCUUACUUUUAUUUACUACCUUUUCUUAGCUGAUUUUAGUAUAACAGCCAAUGCUAAUCCAUAGGACAUUGCAGUGCAUCACUUAUACAGAAAAGAUGACUACCUCACAACCGCACAGCGGGGUUGCCAUGUCUGCCAGUUUAUCAGUCACUCCCGUCUCUUCUUUGGUCGACACAAUCGUCACAGUACAAGCGACUGGAUUGGAGUCUAACAGCCGAGUCACCAUCAGAUCUUUCUUGGAGCACAAAAUUCGAAAUAAUGUUUUGAAGUUUGAGGGUCAUGCUCAUUACAUCGCUGAUGAUAGGGGAGUCGUGUCAGUCCCAGAUCAGAUGUCACUAGGCGGGACGUACACCGGGGCUGAACCGAUGGGGCUAUUCUGGAGCAUGCAACCCUUGGCAGGCCAGCGUUUGGGCGUUCGGUUUCUGCUCACGGAUGCCACAAAACCAGUGUUAGUCAACUUAUCGUUGUAUCGUGGCCACCUGGAUACGGAGACACUACAGACGGCUGAACCAGAGGCUACUACCACAGCUGAGAGGCGGUACAUGGGCCAGAACGUAGAGAGGAUCACAGUCCACAGCGGACGCUUGAGGGGGACUUUGUUCAAACCGAAAGGGUCGGGGCCGUUUCCAGGUGUGAUCGACAUGUUUGGCAAUGUAGGAGGCUUGGUGGAGUUUCGUUCGGCAAUGCUGGCAUCUCGUGGCCUUGCAUGCUUUGCUCUACCGUACUUUGGCUACGAUGACCUGCCUACAAAUGCAUGGGCCUUAGAUCUGGAAUACUUCAAGGAAGCCGUUGAUUGGUUGAGUGAUCAGCCAUUCGUAAAACCAGGGGGCGUUGGAAUGGUUGGCGUCUCACUGGGUGCACAGUUCGCACUCGCCACAGCAACAUAUUUUCCCGAAAAGGUGAGAGCAGUAGUCAGUAUUAACGGUUGCCAUGCCAUAACUUCGUACGUUUUUCAGGUGAAUGGUGAAGAGUCAGAAGCGAUCCUGAUGAACACUGAUGGCAUCAAACCUUCCUUAACAAGAGAGGGCGUUAACAACAUAUCUGGAGUAUAUGGGGAUAUCUAUGACGCAAGCGAGGAGAAUGGUACAGUUUUCAAGCUUGAAAAUGCCCCAAAUUGUCAAUUCAUGUUUAUCGCGGGUGAGGGCGAUGAGGUAUGGGACAGCUGUCACUACGCACGGGAGGCAAUACAGAGGCUAGUGAGACAUGGAUGUCACAACUAUCAACUGCUGAGCUAUCCAAACGCCGGGCACCUGAUUGAGGUCCCAUAUGCUCCAAUAGCAGACGUCUUCUUCUCACUGGGCAUUGGGGUAAUCGAGCAAGGAGGUACGCCUGCAGGAAAUGCCAAAGCGAUGGAGAACUCCUGGCCUCAAAUCGUCCGGUUCCUGCACGCCCACUGUGGUCAUGACCGUCCCAAGCUAUGACAGGCAACCAAGACUGACUAUACGGGUAACAAGUAUGGUGCUUCGCGUGUAGUAGCAACGUUGAACUAGUUUAGCCUUUUCUAUUUAAUUGUAAGAUCCGUGCACAAAGUAAAUUCGUAGUUUGAGAGAAAAAUCUAAUCAAACAGCAGGAGCUGGUUUUGUGAUAAGGAACUGCCUUGUGAUAUGGAAGUAACUGUGAUUGAAAUUAUUAGCACUGGAAUUAUUUACUCGGGGAGGGGGGAGUCCCAUCGGCGUUCCCUGCGAGAAAAAUCUAAGGGGCGGGGAUAAAUCCCCCUAUGCGCGUGCAUUUAUUUUUUUCGCCUCUGCAAUCAAGUAUGGUCAAUGACAAAAACGCGCAUGCGUCAAAAGGUAGAAUUCCAAUUUAGGGAUAACAUACACAUCCAUUUGGUUGCGAAGGCGAAGCGCGGCCUGUUGAUGGGCAAAGUUAAUCCGAUUAAGUACUUAGACCUACAGCAGUGGAAUUCAUGAACCCCAAAGACAUGGCCUUUUAAACGUUUUGUUUUUCACAAAAUAUGCUCAGUAUGAUUGAAAUGUAUAAUGAAAUGUAAUUAUAAUGGAAGAAGAAAUUCUCAACUUCAUGUCAGUGAAAAAAAAAACCGCCGUCAUCGAUGCUGAAACCUCAAUACUGGUUAGUGGUGAAGUUGAACUUCAAGUCGGAAUGAAAUCGUUCGAAAACGUCCCCAAAUCUAUGCAUUUGUAUCAAUUUCUAGGAAUUUCCGAUAGUGGUUAUUUCACGAGUAGUUGAAUACUGAUAUCAUCUAAUUAUAUUCCGAAUUUAAGUUUAAUCUGUUGUUGCAAUCGCUAGUGUUACACCUUGAACUAAAACAUGGAAAAUUUCGACGAGGAUUU